CUAGCUAGUUCUAACAAGAAAGUUUAUGUUAAACUGUCAGGUGAAGAACCAUGGAAUUCCAAAGACAACUGUUAACAACAUAUUCGACACAUCAAGGGAGUUUUUCCAUCUGCCGGAGGAAGAAAGAAUGAAAUUCUACACUCCUGACCCUAACAGUGACAUCAGGCUAAUGACAGCGUAUAAAGAUGAGGUUGAAAAUGUCUUCGUCGCAAGGGAAUCUUUGAAAUUCCAUUGUCACCCUGUUGAAGAUUAUGUGAACAAAUGGCCUACAAAUCCUCCUUCCUUCAGGAAGAAAGCUGCUGAGUAUUUGACAAAUGUUAGAAGGGUGGAGAUGACACUACUUGAUGCAAUAUCAGAGAGCUUAGGCCUGGAAAGAGAUUACAUAGAGAAGAGAUUGGGUGGACAUUAUGUAUCAUUGAACUACUAUCGAGCUUGUGAACAAUCAGAACUAGAGCUUACUUAUGGAGUGCGUGGCCAUACUGAUCCAACUAUAAUAACUAUACUGUUGCAAGAUGAUGUGCCUGGACUUCAGGUUCUAAGUGAGGGAAAGUGGAUGGAUGUUAAUCCUAUUCCAGACACGGUGGUUGUCCAUGUUGGCGAUCUUCUGCAGGUGAUUUAUAUUCUAUCUAUAUAUAUAUAUGUCUUCUGCCGAUACAAGAGUUUGCUCCAUCAAGCUCUAGUAAAUUGCGAGAAGGAGCGUAUGUCCAUCGCCUCUUAUUGUUAUCCAUCAUCUGAUGCUAAAAUAGGACCUCCUAAGAAGUUGAUAGACAAUGAUCAUCCAGCAAUCUAUAAAGAUUUCACAUUCGGAGAAUUCAGCAAACAGAUGUGGAAAGUAAUAACGCCAACUGAUAAGCGCCUGGACAUUUUCAAGUGCUCUGCUGCCUGA